AUGCCGGUGGCGGUGAACACGCCGCGGGCGCGCGCGGUCGUCGCGCCGGAGUUCGUGGAGGAGACGAUGGAGGUGAUCGACAUGACGCGCGCGCUGCUGCGAGGCGAAAAGACGGACGAGGCGUUCAUCGAUGAAUUUCAAACGAAACGCCGCGCGUGGUUCGCGAAGUAUCAGUACCAUCACGGAAAGUCGUUUUAUGGGUACGCGAACGCGUGGAACGCGCAGGCGAAGGUUGGGGUGCAAAUCGCGGUGAACCGAGAGAACGGGGUGCCGUACGAUUCGGAGCACACGGCGUAUAACAAGGAUUAUUUGCUUUCGAUUUUAGAUAAAGCGGAGGCGGAGUUGUUCGACAUGCAAAAGCGCAAUGGGUUUUAG